UUUUGCGGAAAGGCACCAUUGCUGUCACACACCCAGCCGCAUCCAGGCCAGACUCUUACCGAGGGCUUGUGGGAGCACCUAGGGUGACCAGACAGCAAGUGUGAAAAAUCGGGACAGAGGGUGGGGGGUAAUAGGAGCCUAUAUAAGAAAAAGGCCCCAAAAUCGGGACAGUUCCUAUAAAAUCAGGACAUCUGGUCACCCUAGCGCUCCCAGGAGGGCGAACUGGCCACCGCAGCUGCUGCCAUGUAAGGGCCGAAAGGAGCCUGCUCUGCAAACCAGGGCGUUUACCCAGGGCCCCAGCCCGUUCGCUCCGGAGUGGGAUUGCGUGGACCUGGUGCGCGUUUCCGUGAGCAGGACAGGGCUGAGUCAGAGCACACGGCCUCUGCUCGCCAGCUGCCCACCUCAUUCCCGAGAGCUUGCAGCUCCCAGCUUCUUAAGGCUGCUCCAGUCCGCAGCUGUCAGCAAUAAACUCCGCAAUUCCUCCUCCCUCUGGGAGUAAUCGGGUGCGCCAUGCACAAGGACCAAGGGAAAACAGGAGGGGUCAAAGGCUGUUGUACAAAGCGCUGUCUUUAUUUCGUGGGUUGCACCACGCUGCUGUGCGUCAGCUUUGGCUUUGUUUGGAAUAUGUCCAAUGAUACCUGGGAGUUCACAUCAAGCAAGGUCUCCUACAUAACGAGGAAUACGUCCCAUGGUACCAGGGAGUUCACAUCAAGCAAGGUCUCCUACAUAAUGAGCAACCAUAUCCUGGAAGAUUUACUACAAAUUGAAUUACCAAGGAUGACUUACACAAAGCCACAGAUUCUAAAGCCAUCGAGAAGUGACGUCCUUAUGAUGACUCCAUGGUUUGCGCCAAUAGUUUGGGAAGGGACCUAUAACUCCGAGAUCCUGAAUGAGCAGUUCCGACGAAGGAAUGUCACUGUUGGACUGACAACGUUUGCUAUCAAAAAGUAUACAGUCUUCCUAAACAAGUUUUUAGAAACUGCAGAGACGUACUUUAUGGUUGGACACAGGGUGAACUAUUACAUUUUCACAGACAGACCAGAAGAAGUUCCUAAAGUUCCACUCAAAGAAGGAAGGAAUGUAGUGGUUCUGCAAGUCCAAAACUACCCUAGGUGGCAAGAAAUCUCUAUGCGACGAAUGGAAUUGAUCAGCUACUACUCUAAGCAGCAGUUCAUUAAUGAGGUCAGCUACCUAGUGUGUGUGGAUGUAGACAUGAGGUUUAAUGACCAAGUUGGAGUGGAGAUCCUGAGCAACUUGUUUGGCACACUACACCCACAUUUCUAUGCUGCAGAGCGUCAGUCUUUCACCUAUGAACGUCGACCUGCUUCUCAAGCUUAUGUGCCCAGAGAUGAGGGUGACUUCUACUAUGCUGGAGGCUUCUUUGGAGGAACAGUACUGGAGGUUUACAAGCUGACCAAGAAAUGCCAUGAAGCCAUGAUGGUGGACAAAGCCAAUGGAAUUGAGGCAAUCUGGCACGAUGAGAGUCACUUAAACAAGUAUUUUGUUUACUACAAACCAACCAAAAUACUUUCUCCGGAAUACCUGUGGGAUGACGAUCUAGGUAGGCCAGAGAUCCUUAAGAAAAGAAGGUUUCUUGCUCUACCAAAGAACCAUGCUGCAAUCAGAAAUAAAUGAAGUUCAUCUCAGACUGGCCUUAGUGCGAACUAACAUAACUGAUAUUGUAGGUUUCCUUGGUUGAUGAAAAUAUACAGACAAUUAAUAAAGCUCCAUAACUUUUUCUGACAUCCCCAGUAUUUCUGGAUAUGGGAAUGAUUUGCAAGAUGUUACUGUGAUGUUGCACUCCAUAUGUUUUAUGGAAAUGUGCUAAUGAGUGUGACUACAAUGUAACUGGAAUAUCCUUCAUGCAAAAGGUCUCUUGUAAGGUAUCAUUACAAAGCUUAUAAUCUACUGAGUGUGUUCAUCCUAUCUGUAUGAAUGUAUCAUUCUUGUAUCUGAAGCUAGAAAUAUGAAGUAUUACUCUGAAGUCCUAUUGUAACUAUGCAAAGUGUGGGUCAUUAAUGGUGGCUUAAAAUCUUGAUGGCUCCCAUUAACUAGGACAAUUGGUUGUAAAUGGCUCUGUUUACUCACAAACCUUCCUGGGCAUGUGCAGUCCAACCCUGAAAGAAGGGAGAAUGAGGUCUUACAGUGACAUGUGAUCAUGUCAACUGGUACUGGAAUUCAUUAUAAACCUGGUAAUUUUCCACUUAAAAGGAUGGGUGCGGACCCAGAGAGACACAGAAUUCCUGCCUUGUGCCAAAGCUAUAAAAGGGGGUGGAGGACAAGAGGGGUGCCAGUCAUGUGAAAUCCCCUGCUUUUCACCAAAGAUGCCUGCUGGAACUAACAAGGUCUGUACCAGGGGAAAGGCUUGGGUGCAGACUAGGAAGGAGUCUAGUCUGUGAAAGAAGCUUAUUGGAACAGCUGAGGGUGAGAUUUACCUGUAUUCAGGCUCUUAAUGUAUUAGGCUUAGACUUACGUGUUGUGUGCUGUUUUAUUUUGCUUGGUAACUUAUUUUGUUCUGUCUGUUAUUACUUGAAACCACUUAAAUCCUACUUUUUAUACUUCAUAAAUCACUUUUGUUUAUUAAUGAACCCAGAGUAAGUGAUUAAUACCUGGGGGAGCAAACAGCUGUGCGUAUCUAUCAGUGUUAUGGAGGGCGGACAAUUUGAGUUUACACUGUAUAAGCUU